AUGGAGAGCGCGACUGCGGAGGUGAAGCCGUUGGUGUCGUACUCGGCAGUGCCUCGCCUGCACCAGCCCGACAUCGCCACCAUCCACCGCGACUACUUGCGAAAAAACAAGCCGGUGGUGGUGACGGGGUGGAUGGACGGCUGGCCCGUGCGCGAUAAGUGGACCCUGCCCUACCUCAAGGAACGCCUCGGCGACACCGAGGUGGAGGUGCGGCACAAGACCAACACGGCGGCCUACCGCCAGGGCACCACCUACUUCACCAAGAAGAUCAAGUUCUCGGACUACGUGGCGGAGGUGGAGAAGGGCAGCAAGCGGGCGCGGGACCAGUACCUCGCGGUGCAGAACAUCAACCGCGCGCUGCCCCAGAUCGCCGACGACUUCGUCAUGCCCGAAUUCGUGCCCAAGCUCCACCGAGGUCCGUUCCUGUGGAUCGCGCCGUUGGAGAAGGUGUACCCGAAUCCGUUGGGGUCGGCGGGCAUUUCGCUGCAGACGCAGAUGGACCUCUCGGAGUACUUUGGGCACGAGCACGAGCCCGAGGCCGUGGCGGCCUUCGCCCGGCGCUUCCCCAAGUUCCGCGACGUGGCGUGCCAGGAGUGCGUACUGAACGGCGGCGAGGUCCUGUUCCUCCCCUACGGCUACUGGCACCAGGUGACGACGACGGAGGUGACGAUAUCGGUCAACUGCUUCUGCGGGGACCCGACGGGCGAGUUCCUCCCCAAGCUCAUGGCCGAGGGUCCCCUGUGGGACACCUUCAAGUACUACAUGUUGAACGUGAUCGAGCAAAACCGGCGGAUGAGCACCAACCAGGCCUUCACGUUCUGCUCGCGCCGCUACUCGCGCGACCAGUUCAAGGCCGCCCUCUGGUCCUUCCUCUGGGGCCGGUACAAGGAGGAGUUGACGGAGGAGCUGCUGGACCAGAUGAUCGGCACCAUCACCGCGUACUGCGACCAGAGGGACCGCGAGCAGUGGCCCUCGCCCGAGGCCUACGCGGCGGAGGCGGCCCGUGUCCAGCCCGUCGCCAAGCCGCCCCGCAUCAAGAUCCGCGGCAAGAACUGGCGCGGCGGCGACGCCACCGCCAACAUCAACGCCGACGACAUCUCCAAAGAGACCAUCAUCUCUUCUUCUGCUUCUUCUUCAUGA